UCGACACGUCAACAGAAAGAUCCUCCGAGCAAAGGUAGCAGUGUCAAGAGCACAGCGAUGUUUCUUUGAUGAUAUCUUCGGGCAAUUAAAACCGAGUAAACGCUUCAAUUUACUUUCUAUAUAAAUUGGAUCUUCGCCAUGAUUUGCUGUAGCGCGCAUGCGCACACAGUCGGACCGUAAGCGAUGGCGAAAUUCCUGCUUUUUAGGCAAGGAGGACCAGCCAGGGAAACAAAGUUAUUUCGCUAAAAUUCACCACAAGGUGGUGUGGGGGGUCGUGCCGAGGGGGAAGCUGCUCUUCUUCGCAGCCCGCUGACGUGGACGACUGAAGGAAAGGGAAAAAAGAGGCUCGAAUUUGGAGUUCGGUGCAUCUCUGGUCUUCCAGAACCGUCUGACUGAGAGAACCUUUCUGGUGGUGUGAAUGAGGGAAACAUGGCAGAGCACACGCCGCCUCUGGAGUCCGGCCAACUUCUUGGCCCCGAACUCCCCAUCCUGGCGUCGCCGACGCCCCCAGCUCUGGUCAACGGGGAGGGCCCCCAACAGGUGAUCCUGGUGCAAGUAAACCCAGGUGAAGCCUUCACUAUUCGACGAGAGGAUGGUCAGUUUCAGUGUAUCACAGGUCCUGCUCAGGUUCCCAUGAUGUCUCCAAACGGUUCAGUGCCUCCAAUCUAUGUGCCUCCUGGAUACAUUUCACAGAUCAUCGAAGAGAACGGUGUGCGUCGCGUUUUGGUGUUGCCUCAGCAACCGGAGUUCCACCCAGGAGGCCACUCGCCUCUCCACCACCCGCCGCCGCCUCCCCACGCGCACCUGCCCGCCUUCAUCCCACACCCGGCCAUGAUGCCGCCGCCCCCUCACCUUUACACGGGCAUGGCGGGAGGCGUGGGCGACAUGAGCUCGCAGUACAUCUCCCAAUAUCACCCGGCUCACAUUUACUCAGAGCAGGUCUCUGCAGAUUCCCACCCCCAGCAUGGACGCCCGGCGUUCGUCCAUAGGGACGACCGAACGAGCAAAACUUACGAGCGCCUCCAGAAAAAACUCAAGGACCGGCAGGGUGGAGGAGCCGCGCCUGCCAAGGACAGCCCUCCCUUGUCACCUCAGAAGACAUGCGGAAGCCCCGACGCCCUCAAUGGCGUCGGAGGCAAAGCGCCCGAGGCGGAGCAGCAAGCGGGUCGGGGCAAAAACGGUGAAGCCGCAGAAUUGGACGCAGCAGGCCUAGCCCUACAAGCACUGCUGAGCACCAUGGCUAAACCUUCGGUGUCGGACAUCCGGGCCCGGGCGGUUAAAGCCAGCUGGAACGCGCCCACGCCGGAGGACGACGGCAUCCUCGUGGGGACCCUCAGCUACGAGGUGUCUGUCUCGUUUAGCGGCAAGGAUGGCAAGUACAAGAGCGUGUACUGCGGUGAGGAACUCAGUGCAACUUUAGAGAACCUUCGACCUGCAACAGACUAUCACGUCAGGGUCCAGGCUACGUGUAACUGUUUACAGGGAAGCCCUUCGGAGGCGGCGAGCUUCACCACGCUGAGCUGCGAGCCCGAGGUGCCCAACGCUCCCAAAAAGGCCAGCGGGAACAAGAACUCGCUCGUACUUCAGUGGAAGGCCCCGUGUGACAACGGCUCCAAGGUUCACAACUACAUUCUUCAAUGGGAUGAGGGAAAAGGCACCGGCGCAUUUGAGCAGUGCUACUACGGACCUCUGAAGCAGUACCGAGUGACCAAACUUUCGCCGGCCUCCAGAUAUUCCUUCCGCCUGGCGGCCAAAAACAACAUGGGCGUCAGUGAUUUCAGCGACUCGGUGGAGCUGUUCACCUCGUGCAGCGUGCCGUCGCCGCCCUUCCCUCCGGAGCUGGAGACGGCCGGCGUCAACUAUCUGUCUCUCAAGUGGCAGCGGCCCAGCGGAUCGCCGAAGGAGGACGACGUCUGCUACGUCCUGGAGAUGGACGAGGAAGGCUCGGGUUACGGCUUCCAGCCGAGCUACGACGGCGAAGAUCUCUCCUGCACCGUCAGGAACCUCCACAGGAGCACGAAGUACAAGUUUCGAGUGGCAGCGUACAACUCGGAGGGCAAGAGUAACCCCAGCCCGGUGGUGGAGUUCAUCACCAACCCGGACCGACCCAGUGGUCCCUCCAGGCCCGUCGUUAAGGGCAAAGUCCUGCCCAACAGCUUCAAGUUGGCAUGGGAUCCUCCGAGAGAAAACGGUGGUGCCAGUAUCACUAAGUACAUCGUGGAAAUGUCAGAGGGUUUAAGCGGUUUGUGGGAGUCGACGUACGCCGGUCCGGCCACGGAGCACCUCUGCGACGGUCUCAAGCCUGGAUACUCUUACCAAACCAGAGUGUACUGCAUGAGCGAGGGGGGGCAGAGCCCGCUGUCGGAGACCCUGCAGAUCCAGACUCCCGCGGUGCCCCCCGGUCCCUGCCAACCCCCGCGACUCGUGGGCAAACCCAAAGCCCGGGAAGUGCAACUGCGUUGGGGUGCACCUCAGGUGGACGGCGGCAGUCCGGUGUCUUGCUACAGCGUGGAGCUGAGCGCUCCGCAGUCCGAGGAGAGCCGGGAGGUCUACCAGGGACCCGACUUGGACUGUUGCGUGGCCGGCUUGUUGCCCGGCAGGACCUACGGCUUCCGGCUCAAGGCGGGGAACAAGGCCGGGUUUGGACCUCUCUCGGAGCGCUACGACGUCACCACGGGACCCGGAGCCCCCGAAGCGUGCAAGGCUCCUUCCGUCACGUGCAAAUCGCCCAGCUGCGUUGUCGUCGGCUGGGAGGCGCCGCUUUGCAACGGGGCCCCGGUGACGGACUUUCGGCUGGAGUGGGGGGCCGCUGAAGGAUGCAUGCAGGUGUGUUACAGCGGACCGGCGCUCGCCCACGAGAUAAAGGGCCUGCUGCCCGCCACCAACUACUUCUGCAGGGUUCAGGCUGUGAACGUGGCGGGCGUGGGUCCUUUCAGCGAGGCGAUCCUGUGCCAGACCCCCUGCUCGGUCCCGGCCGCCGUCAGCAACAUCUGGGCCAUGAAGGAAUCGGAGCUGGUCCGUUUCGGGGCUCCCGACGAUUAUGAUGAGGAAGAAGAGGAUGAAGAGGAGGAGGAGGAAGGCGCGCGGCAGCGGCGGCCGCCCCUGUACUCGCCGUCCACUUGCGCGGGGGUCUGCUGGGACCCGCCUUGCGACCACGGCUCAGAGAUCACGUCCUAUCUGAUCGACUUGGGCGAGAGGCAGCCCGUCCCGGCGGGCCCCGGCACCCGCCACGUGCUCCGCCACCUGCAGCCCGACACCGGCUACAGGAUCCGCAUACAGGCUCUCAACAGCUUGGGGGCGGGGCCUUUCAGUCACACCUUUAAGCUGAAGACCAAGCCCCUGCCCCCGCCGCCGCCCCGCCUGGAGUGCGCCGCCUUCAGCCACCACACCCUCAGGCUCAAGUGGGGCGACGGGCCGGCCAAAGCAGACGCCCUCCACUAUCGGCUGCAGAUGGAGGACAGGAGUGGCAGAUUUUCAUCCUUGUAUGAAGGAACCUGCCAGAGCCACAAAGUGCAGAGGCUGAAUGAGUCUACCUCGUACGCGUUCCGCAUUCAAGCCUUGAAUGAGGCGGGCUCGGGCCCCUUCUCUGCCGUUUACACCUUCACCACGCCGCGAUCCCCGCCGGCACCCCUCAAAGCCCCCAAAGUGGAGCGAACGGACGACAACUCCUGCGAGGUGAGCUGGGAGUCUCUUUCGCCCAUGAAGGGCGACCCCAUCGUCUACACGCUGCAAUUCAUGACGGGAAACUCCGACUUCAAGCAGGCGUACAAAGGUCCCGGCACGUGCUUCACCUUGGCGCACCUGCACCCCAACAGCGACUACCGCUUCCGCGUGUGCGCCGUCCGUCAGUGCCAGGACGCGCCCGAGCUGAGCGGGCCCUUCAGCCCCACCGUCACGCUAGCCGUCCAGCGCAGCGGCGGCGACGCCCCGCCGUCCAGAACCUCGGCCAACGCCGCCCCUUCUUCCUCCUCCUCCUCUCCGUCGGGCCGACCCGGCCGCGGCCUGACGGACGAGCAGUGCGCCUUCCUGCUGCUGAUGGCCUUCGCCGUCAUCGCCAUCCUCAUCGCGUUCGUCAUCCAGUACUUCGUCAUCAAAUGAGCGCCGUCUGUCUCCACGGUUACCACAGCUUUAUUGUUUUUUCACCUCCUUUCACGCUUUCUGAUCGACCCCCCAGCCCCCCCCCCCCCCAAAAAAAAAAAAAUCAGGGAUGUUAGCGGGAAAUUUCACUUCCUUGAUUUCCUGUCCAACUUCAAAACAAAAGGUCCAAUUAAAUUGACUUGUACAAUUUUUUAAGCUACUCUCAUUUUUCCCCCAUUUCCCCCCCAAAAUCUUAGCUCUCAAAGUAUCACCAUCAUCCCCCCAAAAAUUGGACAAAUUUGUAUCAGAACGAUAAAAUAUUGGACUAGUAAUCCCCCCUAAAAUGAUCCAAAAUGAACAUUUGAGUGCCAUGAGCGACACUAAGACGUCCAAUUUGAAUUGAAGUGAGUUUACGAUCCUAGAACGUUCAACCCUCCUGCUUCAAACGGAUUUGGACAUCUACUCGCAAUAAACUCAUUUCGAUUGACAGCCGAAGCAAGAAAACAUCUUUCAUCGCCUCUGGUGCGACGUUUCCAUUUAAAUCGAGGUAAUAGAUAUACAUAAAGCAUUGGAGGAAUACAUAUGUACAUACAAUUUAAAAAAAUAUGGAUAGUAAAUUGGAAAAUAUGGAUAACAAUUUGAAAGUCCUAAAAUUAAAAAGAAUAAUAAUAACCUCGGCCUGCAAGCAGCCCUGAACGGGCCCUCGCACUUUGGCGCAACCCGGACAGCACGCAGGUCAGCGUGGUGGCAGAUCGUCUGUCUCUCGUCAUCUCCUGAGAAUCUAACUUUUUUGAAACUCGCCUCUUUUUUUGGGUUAAUACAUUUACACACCUAGGUGAAAAAGCCCCUAUUGAAGAGAGUCCUACAAAAAAAGUAGGUGUUACCGAGCUGUGCAGCCGCGCCCAUAUUCAAAACCAAAAUGAAUCUUUUAAUUGGGCCAAUUCGAAAAAAUUUACUUCCUUCUAACUCAUUCGCUCCCAGCCAUUUUCACCAGUGCAACCGCCUUUGCUCCCGGCCGUUUUACUAGAUUUUGAUUGAUUUUGCAAAACCCACAGAAAAUUCUGUUCUAUCGCUAUAUUAACAUGGAAUCUGCCAAAAGAAAGAUUAGACUCUGUUCUUUCAGCAGGGAAAAAAGCAAGUUCCUAUUUUUUCCCAUUCUUUAGAAAUCAGCAUUAGAAAAUAGCUUAGUUUGAGCAAUUUUCCAAUUUCUGAUGAAAAAACCAUACAUUUCAAAGAUAACUGACUUAAACACAGCUAUUUUUUGAAUGUUUUCCUUUUCCAAAAUAACAUCAACAACAAGACAAAUAGAGCUUUUGAUGGCAAAGUAACAAUUUAUUUACACAUAACUAACUGAGAGAUGACGCUGUUGGGGCCGCGACAGCCGGGUAAACUUUUCCCUCAUCGCCACCUGUCUCUUUAAGAUGGAUUAUUUUGAGUCUCUGCGGGGUCUGCUCGGCGAACAGCACAGACUUAACGGCAUCGUCCACUGCACUGGUGGUCCAGGUCGUUCUGCUCGGUCGUCCAGCGCCUGGCAUCCCAGUUGUCCUCUAGGUUGUUCAUCUCGGUCGUCCGCCACUUGGCAUCCUGGACGCCAUCCGGUCUUCUUCUGCCGGCGCCCCGGCCGUGUGGCCAGCCGUUCGUUCGUUCCAUUGAAUCGGGGUGCGGAUCUUACCAAAUGCGCUACAGCCCUCCAGUGGCCAAUUUUAUUGCUUUAAAACGGAUUUUCAGCUUUGUGCUUUGGAGCUAAAUUGAAUCAGAACCCAGAGAUGUCUCUUGUUAAAAAAAAAAAAAAAAAAAGAAAAAAAACGUAAAAGACGUCUAAAUACAUCUUUGGGACACUGAAACAAUUAAAAAUAGAACGUAUUUAUUAGGGCUGUCAAACGAUUAAAAUUUUUAAUCAAGUUAAUCACAGCUUAAAAAUUGUAAUUAAUCGCAAUUCAAACCAUCUCUAAAAUAUGCCAUAUUUUUCUGUAAAUUAUUGUUGGAAUGGAAAGAUAAGACUGAUAUAUAUAUUCAACAUACUGUACAGAAGUACUGUAUUUCUUUAUUAUAACAAUAAAUCCACAAGACGACAUUAACAUUCUUUCUGUGAAAGGGAUCCACGGAUAGAAAGACCUGUAAUUCUUAAAAGAUAAAUGUGAGUACAAGUUAAAGUAAUUUUGAUAGUUUGUAUAUUGUGACUAAAUAUUGCCAUCUAGUGUAUUUGUUGAGCUAAACUUAAUGUUAGAAUAGAGUAUUAUUUUGCGUAGCUAUUUUGAUUGAGAAUGCCAGAUCUCUUUGCAUUGAGUGCUUUUCUUUUUGUGAACAUUUUAUUUUUGAGAGAGAGGAACAUUAUUUUUGUUGUGCUUUCACUAAAUGAUACUGUAGCGACUUAAAUGUUCUUAACUGCCCAAAUGCAUGAUGGGAAUUUGAGCAACCAUGAGUCACAGUGGUUGCUGCAAAUGGUAUAUCUUCUCUGCGUUGAGUACAAUACAUGGAGUUAAGAAAAAGAUCAUCUCAAGUUAUUCUUCCCCAUGUCGCUUGCCACAAUAGUUUUAACAAUUGUGGAAGAGAUGCCACCGCUUAUUCCAUUAAAUAGCGCGGCUCCAAUAAAUGCCUGCGUUACCAAUUCGCCCUUUUUGGUAAGUGGCGGUGCUAUGGACCGGCGAUUCAUGUUGGCUCAUUGUCAUCGGUUGGCUCGGUUCGUCCGAUUUCCUCCUGAGGAAGACGACGGCGUACAUAUAACACCGAGAAGCGUUGGAUGGCUUUUUGUGGGUACUUUUACUAACAAAACAAAAGCAUGUGGGGGAUGAAGCACUUGAGCCUGUGCUAACUGCGCACUUUCUCUACUCUCUGGCUCGACCACUUUCUUCCUCACUGCUCAAUCUGACAAUGCCGGUCACAUUGGAAAUAACAGCGGCACCCUUGGCGGGUGCCGGUAACACCUGCGUCCACUCCACUUGCUUGUCUCUGCCCUUAGUUCUCAAUAUACUACAAACGGCGCCAUAGUAGUCUGUUCGCGGCAAUGCUUGAGUGGGUCAUUCCGCGCAUUGCGUUAAAUAUUUUAACGUGAUUAAUUAAAAAAAAUUAAUUACCGCCCGUUAACGCGUUCAUUUUGACAGCCCUAUUUAUACGUUUUUGGGAGCAAAUGAGUUAAUGGCGAGUAAAGGGUCGUCACAGCAACAGACAGACGUGUGGACAUGGGCCUCUAAUUGUAGUCUUAAUAAAGGUCUUGAAACUACAAAGACCAACCUGAAAAGAACUGGACACGUAUAAGUAAAAUGAAUGACUUUCUUUUGCCGCUAGUUGGUGCUACAGAGUUGAUGCAAAUGACUUCAGGGUACGAUUCUCAUGAAGCACAGGAAGUUUGGCGCAGAUAUGUUGUAUGUCUGCCAAGUUGUGACUGUUCCAAACUUGUGGUGAGACAAAAUGGCUACAAUCGUUUUCACUUUCCUGGGCCCCUACGCUUCAACGAAACCUCAGUAUUUUUCAUCAGGCACCUGAACAUGUUCCAAGGCUCCCCUGAUGCAAGUUUGAGGUCAAUAGAUUUUUUUUCCCUUGGAGGAGGAGCCUGGCUCGUAAAAAGGGCAUUUCCUGUUCCCACUAGGGGGCGCCAGCCCUAAUGGGUAAUAUUUAAAUGCAUUCGUGUUCAGGCUGGGAUACCUGACAUACAUGUCAGAUAGGAUAAAGAUUGAACGUUGUAUCAGGUGUUUAGUGUUUUGCCCAAAAAAUGGCAGACUUGGGCAACUCGCCCAGGUCAGGCCCGUGAAUGUAAACUCACCAUUUUGAGAACUUAAGAUGUCAUAUGUCUCAUGAACAUUCUUUCCAAUUUUGCCGAGGCACCGAGGCUCAAAUGUUAACCCUGUUAAUCGAUAAAAAAUUUCAAAUUCAAUCCAAAAUACUCAAUUUCCUGUUGGGUUUGGAAUAUGGGUGCAAGAGACUUUUUGGAGCAGUUUUGCACAACGUAUCGACUCCCAAAUGUCAUCGCUCUACGUUGAGAAAACCUAAAUGGAGAGGCCUUUUUUAAAAAUUCAAAAGGGCGCCACUAAGCCAUUUUGUUACAUUUUUUCGUAACGUUGCAAAAUGAUUGAAAUUGGCCAAAUUGACCAUUUUCAUUUGCCGAGGAGAAGAAAUAACUCUCGUACACUUAGUGCUUGGACCCUUAUAAUAUCGAAAAUUAGUAUAAAAGAGCAGUUAGUUGAUAAAUUAUUCCUUUUACGAAAUAUCUCUUUCAAUCUUUUAUUUCAAAAUAUUUUAUUUCAAAUUCAUUUUUCUAUAUUUUUAUUUACAUUGUUUAUUGUUCUGUAUUUCCAUCUAAUUUUUUUGUUUUGUUUUUUAGGAUCUUCCCAUUUUUUGGUUGUAUUUUUCAAAUUUAUUUUCAUGCACUUAUGUACUUUUAUUAAUGUGCUUAUUUUUAAUUUUCUCUUUUAAUCUUUAAAAACUUUUUUGGAAAAUUGAUUGGAAACAUUGAUUAUUUUAUUAUUUAUUAUUUUAAAUAUUAUAUUGAUUAUUAAAUAUUGAAAUUAAUUGGAAAAUUGAUCUUUCAAUUUUUUGGUUUUUUCUUUUUUUUGUUUUUGUACUUUUUUUUUUUUUUUAAAUCAUAUAUAUAGAGAGAAAAUUAAAAAUAUAUUUUACAUAAUUGUUUUUUCAUUUUUUCUAUUUUUAGAUUUUAAAAUUUUCCAAAUAGAAUAUUUUUUUCUUUGUAUGAUUUUCUAUUUUUUUCCCAUUAUUAUUUUUAUGUACUAUAAUUUUCUAUUUUAUUUGUAAUUUUCUUUUUUUAAAUCGUUUUCAAUUUUUUGUUUUUAAAAUUUUGAUUUUAAAAUCUUAUAUGUAGAUUUUUUUUUUUUUUUUAAUUCUUCUGGUUUUCGUAUUUUGUUGUUUUCUAUUCAUAUUUGUUAUUUCCAUGUACUUUGAUUUUCUAAUUUUAGAUUUUAAAAUCAUUUUGAUUCAAAAAUCUUUAAAAAAUUUAUUUCAAUUUUUUUUGUUGGUUUUUAUUUUAAUUUUUAAAUUUAUUUUUGAUUUUCCAUUUUUACUUUUUAAAAUAAUUUUGAUUCACAUUUUAAUUUUCUGUUUUUUUUGUAGUUAUCAAUUUAAUUUUCUUUAAUUUUUAAAAUUAUUUUACUUUUUUCUUUGUCAAAUCUUUUUAAUGUAUUUUCUAUACUUUUUUUUUUUUUUUUUUAAUAUGAUUUUCUAAUUUUUUAGGUUGUAUUUUUCAAUGUAAUAUAUUUUCCUCUUAUUUUGAAGUCUUCCUCCAAUGCUUUCCAUGCCUAUUUAUUCAAUGUAAAUCCUGGAUUGACAACAUGUUUUUUGGGUGAGUCACGUAUUUCCACCUGAUAUUUUUACUUUGUACACUGACGACCACACGGAGGAAAAUAAAACCCAAAAAAAUCGAUUAUAAGAAAGAAAAUCCGACUGAAUUAUGACCGUCCACCUUCCAGAAAGUUGAAUUUUGCACUUUUUCUGUUUUUGGAUCACCUGAGGAAUGUUUAAGAAACAAAAACCACCAGCAGAGAAUCCAUAUCGCUGCAGUAAAACAAAAUGAAAUGCUUGGUAAAAAGUGGAAAAAUGGAAAGCAAACUAUUUUUCCUCUCUCCUUCGAUGAUGAUGAUGAUGAUACUGUAGCUGCUCGACUUCAGCACAACAACAAAAAAAACAACGCUUCCUUUUGGGUUCCUGAAGUUUUGUUUUUGCACCUUAACGGAAUUGAAAAAAAAAACAAACAAAAAAACGGCCGAUUCGGUGUUUUACCCGACAAAAACUUAUUAAAAUGUCGUCGCGUUGAUGGUGCGAGACGUCCAAUCCAUUUUGACUGGACAUUCAUUUGUAGCUGGAAAAUGGAUGCAAAAGUAGCUUGUUGUAGCGAAAUAGUGUAAAGUGUCUUGUUGCUGUGUUGGAAAAUGGAACAAAAUUCAUUGCUAGCUGGAAAUUGGAUGCAAAACGAGUCGUUCUUUGGGGUCACACUCACUUCCUUGUGCAUUUUGACCCUUUGACAUAAUGGGUCACUUCCUCCAUAUUUUGAGUCAUUCCAAGAGCACUUGCUGUUUAUUGGUCUCACUCUGUAGAUUUGGUGGCUCUUUCACUUCACUUCCGGUUGAUUUGGAGUCACGAGCUGCAUUUUUGGUGGAUUCUGGGGUCACUUCCUUUGUUUUGGAUCUGAAGGAAUCUGACCUUCUAGCCAGACUGCCGGAACCGCGCCAGCCGAACGGCCGGACCCGCGCUGGGGCAGCUCCAAUGACCCGGGCCGGCGGGACCCCGGCAAUCCGGCCAGAAGGGCAAAACCCGUGCGUUCACCUAAGUCUUAACCCUUUGUACUGACUCCAUCGUGAAAGGUUUAAAGAAGGCUCACCGAGAACAAGUUGACAAUUUAUUCGGGUCAACUAGGGGUGUGCCAUCUUAGGCACUACACGAUUCGAUUUGAUUACGAUUCAGGGUGCUAAGAUUCAAUUUUUGAACGAUGAUCACAGCAUUGACGAUGAUCACAGUUAUCACGAUUAUCGAUGCAUCAUACAUUCCUGAUUAAUAAAGGAGCCAAACAAAUUUAUGUCCAUUCAAUGGGAACGAUGGAAACAUGCCCAUACUACAAAAAGCUGCCCUUAAGCUGCUUUAUUUAUUUUUCACAAGAAAGUGCAAAAACAUUAACCAUUUUAAAGGGAGUACUUAUUUCUCUCAAUACAAUAAAAUGUACUCUGGUGGAAUAAAUUCCACAUUUUCUGGACACAAACAAAGUGACUUCUUUUAAUCAAUAUACUUUGUUUUCAUAGUUUACCUCCCUUGUGUAACUCUUGGAGUUACAGGUGGAAAUCACAACUGCUCUUGAUCACAUUUAACUUGAUCACAUA